CACCGAGCUUCAGAAAUUCGACAACACACCUCUCAUCUUCUUUCAGAACCCUGAGCACUCAAGCCAAAGCCUGCACCAUCUCGUCCUUCUAUUCACACUGUAAGACUAUCAGGUCAAGGUCAAAUGAUUGGACUAGGGCGCGGUGGGGCUGUGGCGGUCUUAUACAGGUAUAAGGGAAACUCGCAUGAGAGAUACAACCGAUCUCAGGUCUAGAGCGAUUGAUUGCGAGCUCCUUGUGGUGAUCUUGCAUCAGAUGCUGAGGCGAUUCGCAUGCAUAGCACGAUACGAUCGCCCCACAUAGACCAAGUCGGCUCCCCAAUCCUUGACCAUGCCACAAUCUCGGAUCCGAGAGGUCUGGAAAACUUUCCAGACCUCGCUCAUCAUGCCAGACAUCAAGCUGAAGAAUCAGCCGUUUGAUCUCUCAUUUCACCCGACCGAGCCGGUCCUCUACGCCUCCUUGCUGACUGGGGAAGUCAAAGCCUUCCAGUACGAUGACACGACAGGCGAAUCAAGCGGAAGUGCUUCAUGGAGUGUUCGACCGACAAAGAGGACGGCUAGAGCUGUAGACUGCUCCGAAGAUGGUACCCGGCUAUGGAUGGGUGGAAAAGCUGGCGGUCUGUUUGAGCUUGACCCAAAGGAUGGCGCUCUCAAAAGCGAGCGCUUAGAGGCUCACGAAUCACCAAUAAAUCGAGUAUAUUCCAUAAACGAGCAGCUGCUUGCAACGGGCGACGAUGACGGCGUGAUCAAGUUCUGGGAUCCCAGACAGGAAGAAAGCAUACGAAGUUACUCUCAACACUUUGAUUACAUUUCCGAUUUUUGCUUCUUUGGCGAUAAGAAGCAGCUUGUGACGACCUCAGGUGAUGGUCACAUUUCUGUCAUUGACAUACGGUCCAACAAGGCUACUCCAUUACAAGUUUCGGAUGAUCAGGAGGAUGAAUUACUAUCAGUCGUUGCGAUCAAAGGGGAUUCAAAGGCCAUCGUUGGGUCGACUACGGGUAUUUUGACUAUUUGGGACAGGUCGAGAGGAUGGGGUGAUUGCGUGGAUCGUAUACCUGGUCACCCAGAUUCUGUUGAUGCAAUGGUAGCUCUGACUCCGGACAUCGUCGCGACUGGCUCAGAAGAUGGUAUGAUCCGUGUCAUUCAAGUGCUUCCCCAUAAAUUCCUCGGUGUCAUCGCCACACACGAUGACUAUCCCAUCGAGCGGAUGGAGUUGGACAGGCGGAAAAAGUGGUUGGGCAGCGUCAGUCACGACGAGUGCAUCAAAUUGACCGAUGUGGAGGACUUGUUUGAGGACAGUGAAGAAGAAGGUGAAGGCCAGGAGGAUGAGCCCGCAGAGGCGGACGAAGAUAAUGACGGAGAUAGGAAGAAGAAGAAGAAGAAUGGCAAGGCUGGGAUGGGAGAUCUCAAUGCUGCUAAACGUGAUAAGGACGACACCUUCUUUGAUGAUCUAUAG